AGUGGCAUAAUGUUCCACAGCGAACGGAGCUCCAGGUAUCUUGUUCUUCGAAGCACCACACUUGGAUUCAUCAGUCAAGACUCUAUGUACAUCCGUAUUAUUCUUCUAACCUCCAGCUCAUGGCAUCCCCGUCGUGUCUACAACUUGAAACAAUUUCGCCAUCUGUACCUCUAUUCUACACUUAUUGCACAGUUGAUUUAAGCUCGACACGUAAACUCGCCGAAUCUGUAUUCCUAUUGCAGAUAUCCCUCUUGCCUGUCAAAAAGAAGUCACUGUGGGAUUGUAACAGAUGCAGUAAGGGUCUCAGCAACCGAGGAACUUUGUGUGGCACUACUAGUCUUAUCCUGUGCAAUUCCUCGGAAACUUACCUAUCUCGAUAAUCCAUUCUGGUACUGUGCUCUCCUUGAUGCGGGCGGGAUCCCAGGAGAAGGGCCACCUUCGUAACGAAUGCGGAUUCUUGAGUUUCUGGGGUUGACACUAUGAUAUAUAAUUCUAUGGAAUUCACUAGUUUCCGAACUUCUUCAGAUUAUCGAGGUGCUUUAUGGUCACCAAUUUCAUUAAGACGAAUUGAACUACUGGGAUCUCACUUACAGCUUGCUUAUGAGGCUCCUCACGAGUUCCAUUGCUCUGUGACGGAUUCUGACCGACAGAACUGACAGCAGUGCCCGACAUGUCACAGGUGAACGGCAAAUAGACCCGUAACCGCUGAAUACUGUCUAUAGUCCUGAAAGGCGCCGCCAAAAUAGAAACGACUGUCU